CCACGAGAAUUUGUUCUCUGCCUAGCUAUAGGCACCUCCUGAUAGACUAAUAGCAUAAGGAGGAUUGAAGUCUCAAAUUCUCUGUCCAGCAUUAUUAACAGAAUACAAAUUUCUUUUCAUUUUCAUUCUUUGAAUUUUCAAUGACCAGUUACAAACAGAUUGAAGUUCAAUUUGAAGAAGCAACCCCACAGAAAUGGUGUGUUCCACUAAAAGAAGAUGUUUUUGUAACUUUCAUGAAUUCAACAACUCACAAGGCAGAUUUCUUGUGUGAAGGUUCGCUGUUUAGUCCACUAUUGUUCGGAAAAUUCUUUGAUCCUUCAGAUGCAUUUCCACUGUGGGAAUUUGAUUCAGAUGUGUUAUUGUCCAACGCCCGCAGCUCCAAUCAGUGCACAGUUGACUGGUCACAAACAGAGACAGAUUAUCUAUUGAGAGCAGAAAUACCAGGAGUUGGUAAGGGUAACAUUCGUGUUUGUGUUGAAGAUGGGAAAGUUUUAGUGGUCAGUGGCCAGUUGAGGCAACAAAAAGAGGACUGGAGAGCUGGAAAUUGGUGGGAAUACGGCUGUGUUCGGAGGAUUGAACUGCCUGAAAAUGCAGAUUGGAGAAAAACAGAGGCAUUCUUGAGUGGCGAUCACAAAUUCUUACAAGUUAAGAUUCCAAAGACCCCUCCAAAUGAUGAUGUACCUUGAGGGAGCAAUUAACGGGGCAAAAUAAAGAUUUUGAGCUUGCUUAAUACAGAGAUCGAUGUAUAAAAUGUAAUCUUUUAUAUAACGGAUUAUUCAUGUUAGUAUAUGCUUGACAUGUUACUACACAGGUUUAGUCUGUCAACUUUAGAGAGAGUAAACUGGCAAAACAAGCACAGUUUCAGCUCGUAGAUGAAACUAGAAAAAAGGAUUCCAUAUAUGUACACCUUAUAUUAUAUUCAUAGAUAAACAAGAAACCUGCUUAAAUCUAAAUGUGAAACAAUGUAAAUCUUAUAGAGCAGAUUUGACUGUUAAAGGAAAUAAACAUUGCCCAGGCAUUAAUCCA